ACUCAAUGUCAAGUGCAAAAUGUCUUGGAAGCCUUGGACUCUAGCUGCUGCCCGUUUGAAAAUGGUAAAAAGUAAAGACUUCAAAUUUCCUGAACCUAUUUCUCGAUGGAACAUUGUGAAAGGAGACCUGGUACAGGUACUGUGUGGUAAAGACAAAGGAAGAAAUGGGAAAGUUGUUGCAGUUGCUCGGAGGACGAAUCGCAUAUUUGUUGGAGGUCUUAAUACUCAUAUUAGAGUAAUGGUAGGUGAAACAGCAAGAACAAGGAUAGCUAGUGAAGCACCUUUACACGUUUCCAAUGUAGCUCUAGUUGAUCCUGAAGAUGGUAAACCUUGUAGAAUUAGGUAUCAAUACACUGAAGAUGGAGAGAAAGUCAGAGUGUCAAAAAGAAGUGGACGGAUCAUACCAAAACCUGUUGAAGUUUUGGAAAGGAGAGACUUUAAAUCGAGAGGUGGAUAUGUUGAAGGAAGCAAGGACACAACUAGUGAG